GUGCGACGACGCUGCUGCACGCCUGCACCGCCAGUUGCAACACCCUCCCCCCUUCGCUCUCGGCUUCUCGCUCGCCGCGCCUUGCCGCUAGCCUGUCUCACCUCGCGGCCGGCAGCAUUGCGCGACGCGCCGCGCUAUUCACAUUCAAAAUUAUUCGCAACAUUGCAAAAACUCUCUGUGCAAUAUAAAAUUCCGUUCUUUAUACCCGGUUACAAUAAUUUUGAAAACAGAGAGUUUCUCUAAGUCUUAUAAAAAAUUAAGUGCCUUUAAAAAAGUUUGAAUGCACUCCUCGUUGCAUAUCCCGCGCGCGUCGUUAUGAGAACCCCGUAGUCGCGGUCACGUUGACGUCGCGCGGUGCCGCCAUAUCUGUCUCGGUCACCAACUAGCAAAAUUAAUAGGUAAAAUUUACUUUCACAUCACUAAAAGAAUGCAAACCCGCGCGUUCCUUUUUUAAAUUUUGGAUGGAAUGAGGAGUGCACAAUCACAUUGUUUCUCAGUUUCAUAUGUUUGAGUAUCAUUUGUUUUUUUGUUUUUCGGACGGUUAGAGAGAUUUCAUUUUCUUCCAAAAUUGCAAAAAUUACAAAAUAAGAAUGGCGGAAGGCAAUGGAGAAAUAUCUAUGGAAGAGGUCCCUGGAAGGGAUUCUGAUGUUUACCGAACACCAGAUUACCGCAAACUCAUAGAGUAUGGUUUAGAUUCAAAGGUAGCGGCCAAGCUCGAUGAUAUUUAUAAGACUGGAAAGCUAGCGCACGCUGAGUUGGACGAGCGUGCGUUAGAUGCCUUAAAAGAAUUUCCAUCCGACGGUGCUUUAAGUGUUCUUGGACAAUUUUUAGAUUCAAAUCUUGAGCAUGUAUCAAAUAAAAGUGCUUAUUUAUGUGGAGUUAUGAAAACUUAUAGACAGAAAAGCCGGGCGGGCGUGCAGGGCGCUCCCGCUCUGGCGGCCAGUGCGCAGGUCAAAGGCCCGGACGAGAACAAGAUCAAACAAAUCCUCGCACGCACCGGGUACACGUUAGACGUUACCACGGGGCAGCGUAAGUACGGCGGGCCUCCGCCCGGGUGGGAAGGGGGCACGCCAGGGGCCGGAUGCGAAGUUUUCUGCGGCAAGAUCCCCAAGGAUAUGUACGAAGAUGAGUUGAUCCCACUUUUCGAACGAUGCGGCAACAUUUGGGACCUUCGCCUCAUGAUGGACCCCAUGACGGGGACAAAUAGGGGUUACGCGUUCGUGACCUUUACGACGCGUGAAGCCACUCAGCGCGCGGUGCAAGAGCUGAAUGAUUAUGAAAUUCGAAAGGGGAAAAAGAUUGGCGUUACGGUUUCCUUUAACAAUCAUCGUUUAUUCGUGGGAAAUAUCCCUAAGAAUCGAGGUCGGGACGAUUUGUUUGAGGAGCUUACUAGGCACGCACCUGGACUGGUAGAAGUAAUAAUUUAUAGUUCGCCCGAUGAUAAGAAGAAAAAUAGAGGAUUUUGUUUUUUGGAAUACGAGUCUCACAAGGCCGCGUCUUUAGCUAAGCGUCGACUUGGAACCGGUAGAAUAAAGGUAUGGGGCUGUGAUAUAAUAGUGGAUUGGGCCGACCCACAAGAAGAACCAGAUGAGCAGACAAUGAGUAAAGUGAAGGUGUUAUAUGUAAGGAACCUAACUCAAGACAUCACAGAAGAAGCGCUGAAAGAGGAAUUCGAACAAUAUGGCACCGUUGAACGAGUUAAGAAGAUUAAAGACUACGCAUUUGUACACUUCGAGAAUCGAGACUGUGCUGUAAAGGCCAUGCAAGAGCUAGACGGCAAAGAACUGGGUGGAGCCAGACUGGAAGUAUCCCUAGCGAAGCCACCUUCGGACAAGAAGAAGAAAGAAGAAAUACUCCGUGCUCGAGAACGUCGCAUGACUCAGAUGAUAUACGGACGUGGCGGAUUUGAUUGGUGCAGCUGCUCACCCGUGCACGGCGCGCUGCGUGGACGCACGCCGCAGCCCACGCCGCGCCCGCCCCAGGCCCGCGGGGACUACGAUUAUGAUUACGACUAUUACGGGUACGGGGAUUACCGAGGUGGCUACAAUGAGCCAUUUUACCGGUACGAUGAGUUCUAUUUUGAUUACGCGGGGCCACCGCAACCGUCCGCCGUUCGCCAGCCUCCCAACAGAGCGCAACCGGGGGCUGGGUCAUGUGGGACGGGCGCGCGUUGGGCGCGGCGCGGGGCCGCGGCUGGGGCCCGUGGUGGUGCGCGUCGCGCCGCUCGUGGCCGCCGCACGCCCAGCGCCAUGCGUGGCAACCAGCGCGCCAAGCCAAGUUUACCAGGUAAACGUAAACUGGAUGGGGGUCAUCAGAACAAUGGGGGGGAAAGCAAGCGUCGGGUGUGCGCGUGGGGAGCGGGCGGGUCGGGCGGGUCGGGCGUGUCGGGCGAUUCGGUGAGCGGCAGCAGCUAGCGCCCGCGCCCGGUGCCGCCCGGCCCACGCCCCGCCGCGCGCCGCGGGCCCCUGUCCCGGAGACACAACAAGCUGCGCAGGGGAGCCCCCGCGGGCGCCGGCCGCCGACUCUAAACGCACGCAGGGCCGAUCCACUUUUUCUAUGUAUCGUGUUUUUUAUUUGAUUUUCACGUUUUCGAUUUGUGUCGCGACGAUUCCGUAAAAAUCUUAAAGUAGGACGUUAUGAAAUGUUUCGAAUGUAAGUUUCCCGUUAUGCUUACGUUUUCGUCGUAUUAGCCGUAUAUAUUUAAUAUAUACUUAUUUUUUGUGAGGGCGCGCGGCCGCGGUUGCCUGUUUGCGGCCGUGCGUCGGGUCGCGGACCCGUCGACUGUCUGUUUUUUUUAAUACAUGUUAUUCGAUAUAUUUUAUUCCUGCGAACGCAUUUUGCGAUGUGAUGUGUAUUUUAGCAGUAAUUAUUAUAUUAUAAGGAGUUUGACUGUUGUUUUUUGACAAACUUACAACUUAGGGUACACGAGGAUGAAUCGGAGACGAAUGAAUUGCACCCGACGACUCAAUUACGGCUAAAAUAGUAACACCUUGUAAUCGAUAACAUUUCCCAACUGUGUUCCUGCUUUAGUUUUUUUGCUUUAUUUUAUUACAUAUUUUCCUUUAAAAUACAUUAGUGUGAAGUAGUUAUUGUAAAGUUCAGGAUUCUGCAAUGUUUAUUAUCGAUGUACUGUAACUAGACGUUUAUUUUUUUUGUAUUUCGACCGCAUAGCAUGUCCAUACUGUUAGAGCUCUGUCUUGUAUCAACCUUGUAUCAGUUUAAUAUGUGGAAUAAAUUUGCAAAACUGUGUUUGCCUUAUUAA